AUGCGCGGCCAAAGCGCAACAGCCAUGUCUCGUCGGCUGCCGGUCCACCAUCCACGUCCAUUGCUGCGUUCGCUGCCGCUGCCGCAAUGUCUGCUGCAACUGUUGCUGCUAUGUCUGCUGCGGCUGUUGCUGCUGCUGCUAGCGGCUCUGGUUGCGAUGGAGGUUCUUGUGGUGGCGGUGGCUGCCGUCGCUGAGGCUGCGCUGGCUCCGUUGAAAGGCCCGUGA